AAAUAUCGAAAGUAAUAUGGGCAAAGAUUGUUUAGAGACAUCACUUGAGGUGGUGGAUGAAGUGAAUCCAGUGCACGAGGAUGAAAAGACUAACGUUGAAGAAAUAAACAUUAUUUCAAGGGACCAUAUGCAGAUGAAGAAUCCUACGACACAAGAGGAAUAUGUUUUUGAAGAAAAGGAGUACGGUAAUGAUUUAUUCCAAGAUCCUCCAUGUGAUGAUCAGCUCCAGUGCGAUGAAAGUCCAAAACUCUCGUCUAAAUCACGUGGACAGCCACCCUACAUAUGUGGCUAUGGAAACUGUAAAAGACAAUUUAAUCGAUGGGUUUACUAUGAAAAACAUUUAAAGCAUCAUAAUUGUUCGACCGUAAUUUUCAAAUGUGAUGUCAACAACUGUAAUAGAAAAUAUAAAAACAAAUCUGCAUUAAAUAUUCACCAGCGGAAAGCACACAAUAUUGGACCAGAAUUGAAACAGCACAUGUGCGAGAAAUGUGGUAAAGUUUUUAAAUCAUCAACGGUGCUGAAGGAUCAUAGCUUUACACAUGUCGAUAGAUCAGAACUGCCAUAUGUUUGCAAUGAAGCCGAUUGUUCAAAGAAAUUUUCCACCAAGGAAAAACUUAAAAUUCACAAACUGCGACAUGCUGGCGUCAGGAAUUACAUCUGCCCACAUUGUGGUAUGCGCAAGACGACCAGAAAUGAGUUGAAAAUUCACAUAAAUUAUCAUACGCUUGAACGUACCUGGCCUUGUCAGUUUUGCUCCAAAGUUUGCCACAGUGCGGGAAAUUUGAAAAUGCAUGUUCGAAAUAUACACGAAAGAACGAAGGAUUUUGCAUGUAGCUAUUGUGAACGAACCUUUGCCAAGGCCGAUACUAGGAAAUAUCAUGAAAUGACUCAUACCGGUGAGAAACCACAUGCAUGUGAAAUAUGUGGUCGGCGAUUUUUGCAACCAGCUGCCUUAAGAACUCAUCGCAAAAUUCAUCGUAAAAUAGAAAAUAGCACCGAUUCUAAAGAGGUAGGCACAUAAAUUAAAAUAAACACGAAUUAAACAUUUUAAA